UGCAUGCGAUCCGUGUUCUAGAUCCUAAUUCCGAUCAGAGCAUUUGCAGACCGACCACAUUUGUUACCAGCGUCAUAUCAGUACGAAAGGUUCGCCCUCGAAGAACAACCACAGCUACCUGCUGCCGAGUGAUAUCCAGCGACGGGAAGUUGCAUAACGGCGGGGUUGCCUAAAGGGCGGAAGUUGUAUCUUCUGCUUGCCAUCGCCGGUGGAGUUAUCUCACCGACCAACUGUGGUUGAUUUUUCCCACGUUCUCUGGCAGAACACACCAUUCCAACGCUAUCUUCACUUUUUCUUCUUACCUAGAACGGUACUCUAGAUACGUCUUUCACACACCAAAAAGAUGGCUGCUACAUUUUCCUACGCACAAGCCGCCAAGGGCGUCGCCCCAACAAACUCUCCCGCCGAGCCAGUCGCCUCGUCCAACGAGCAGAACGCCGAGGUCAGCGCGGAACAGUCGACGGAUGCUGCGUCUACCAAGGUUGAGCCAGGCCCCGAAUCUGAGAACGUGAAUGGAACCAACGACAAGGAAGCCGAAUCGUCCAGCGUUGGCAACUCUUCAACCACUUUUAGCACGCUCAAGGACGAGGAUGAAGUGAAUACGCCCAAUGGCACCUCAGAGUCUACUUGGGACAAACAGUCUCAAGCAUCAGGAGCGGAGAAGGCCACCGGCGAAGAGGAGGGUGCUGAUGACAAGACGGACGAGAAGGAGAAGAGCGUACCAGCUAAGGAAUUGAAGGCUGCUCCUCUCCCUGCGGUCAACAUCUGGCACCAGCGCAAAGAAGCCCAGGAUGCUAAAGCCAAGGCUCUGGCCGCUUUGAAGCCUGCCACAAAGACUGGAACUUCCAAGACCACGUCCGCCGCUUCCUCGACGUCAGGCGAUCAUCAGCAGGAGCCCGCGAAACCUCCUAAGAAGAAGGGGACUGACGGUCAGGAAAGUGCCAAGGAGCGCAAGAAGACCGAAGGUGGUAAGGGACGCGAUGAGAGCGCAAGCAUUCCUCCCGUGGGAGAUGCUAACCUCUGGCCGACACCCGAUGUUGCUCAAGGUGAGGAGAAGAAGAAGCCUCAGGAGAAAUCCGAUAAGAGCCCUGUCAUUCGCCCUCACGGCAAGGAGAAGUGGAUGCCUGUCCCAUACGUCCCAACUGCCGUGUUCAACACCCCCCUUCCUUCUGCUGCCCGCCGCGGUGGAAGAUCUGCCCGUGGCGGACGUGAGGGUGCUCGCAAUGGCACCCAUGGCGCCGACAAGAAUGCUUCCGGUCAGGCCGGUCAGGGCUCUGCCAAGCAGACGACAUCUGCAGACAGAGGCCGGAAUGAUACCAACUCUGCUCGCGCCAACUCUUUGCCUGCGCAAUCUAGACGCUCUAACAGCGUUGAUGCUGGACUUACCGACUCCCGCAAGCACCAGGCUGGUCGCGGACCCAAGGGCGCUGAGAACGUCAACGCUGCACAAGGUGGCAAGAAUGUAAAUGGAGCCGAUACUUUCCCCCGUCACCACCGCGAUGCUAAGCAAUUUGCCAAGGGUCAUGAAAAGGGCUCCGAUCACCACUCCAGGAACCCCCAGUUGUCCGUCGAUACCCAGGCUGCUCCGCGCUCAGGGUCCACUCGCCCGGAAAACGGCCCCAAGUCGGGCGAAUUCACCGGAUUCCACGACCGUAAGGACAAGGACUUCUCUCGCGAGUCGCGCGCCGACCGAGGUCGGGGCUCCCACCGUGGAGGUCGUGGAGGCCACGCCGGCUUCAAUGGAGCCCCGAACGCUCAUUUCCCCACCAACCACAUGUCGCAUCACAACUUCAUGCACCCCAAGUCGUUUGGAUUCGGCGACCGCCAGAGAUCACAGCAACAUGGACCUACCAAUGGCUCGUCAGGUGGUCACAGAAUGUCCUUGCGCUCCCCCUCCCUACCCAAUUCUGCUGCCAUGUACGGUGUCUAUCCUUACCCUGGCGACAUCAACACGAUGUACGGCUAUCAACCUAUGCAUGCUGGCCCGAUGACCGCCAUUCCUUACCAGCAGUACAUGGAGCCCUUCUCCCUCAUGAGCAUGCUCACGAUGCAAUUGGAAUACUAUUUCUCGGUUGACAACCUCUGCAAGGACUUGUUUCUUCGCAAGCACAUGGAUUCUCAGGGCUUUGUUGCCUUGUCCUUCAUUGCCAGCUUCAAGCGGGUCAAGACCUUGACCGAGGAUUUCAACCUUUUGCGUCACGUUUCUCACCAGCUGAGAAAUGUCGAGUACAUCACCGGCGAAGAUGGAAUUGACCGUUUGCGACCCCGGGAUACAUGGGAGCAGUGGGUACUCCCUCUCGAUCAGCGCGAUCAAUCUGCCCAGAACGAGGGUCCCGCCACCGUCAAUGUUCCCAAGCAGGAUGAUGCUACCGUUUUCCAAAACAACAUGGAUGGAGUGAAUGGUUCGGUCGUAAAUGGAACAGUUGAUUCUCGGGCUUCGAAGACCCUCUUGUCAUCCGAUGCUCCGGAGUUUUCGCCAUCUCAGUCUGCCAAUGCUCAGACUGAAGUCGCACACGUACGGAUCCCUCCAAUUGAAAUCUAUCCCUGAGUCAGACUCUGGUGGCCACGGUAUCCGAGGCAGCAUUUCACAGCUGCCUAUGGAAUUAACGGCUCAGCGCUCUACUCAAUCAUUCCUAGCGAUUGCUAAUGCUCAUCGGUUCCCAGGCGGAGUA